AUGGCCAAGCUCACCGUUACCGUCACCGUCCUCUUGUUCACGUUGGCUCUCUCCGUCGUGUCCUCCAAGCCGGAAACCGAGAUCAUCAACGAUAACCUUAACACUUUAUCAGCUGAACUCGACUCAGUUACCACAAACCCAACCCUUCCCGGACCCGAGUUAACUUCUUCCGAUGAGGUCACUAUACCGGUGAACUUUAUGAAUUUCCACACGAUUAAUCGUCAUUUCCCUAGACGUCCUUUAAUGACAUCUCCUUUUCACCAUCACCACCGUCCAUGCCACCACCAUCACCGGCACGAGCUGUUUGGACGAGGCAUCCAGAUCUCUUACGGCAACGACAUGAUCUUCUCCAGCGAAGAAAAGACGACAAGUACAGAACGUUCGUCAGACGUUGAUAUCCCGGCGGUCACCAUGUUAGUCGACCCUUUCGCUUCGGAGAUGACAAAACCCAGUCCCGGUGAGGUCGAGGCGGAAGAGGAAGAUGGCUCCAUGAAGAUCAUUGUGAAAUUUAUAAAGCGCAAAGAAGAAGGAGAAGAUGAUAAAGAGAAGUACAAGGGUUUGUUCAGGAGAAAGAUUCGCAAGUUUCUCAACCAUUUGGUCUGA